AUGCACCAGAAAACAAGUGUUUUAGCUUUGACGCCUCCUAUAGCAGUAGUUCAUUGGAUGCCACCCAAGCAAUUGAACUGCGUGAGCGUGAACUACGAAGUGCAUUGGAAGUUAGUGAACGACACGCAACAAAAGAACAAACAAUUUAUCAAUAUGCCGAAACGUAUGGCAGAUGGCAGAUUUUACACAAAGAUUAACUUGUCGGAACCAGUACAAAAUUACUUGAUAUACGUGCGUGUGUAUCCAAUUAAUUUCAGCGAUUUCUACAACGAGAGUUUAAACGAGAUCAUAUCCUCAGAAUCAAACAGUAUUACUUUGAGCGGGGUCAACAUAAAUAGCAUGAACAUUUCAUGGAUCUCCAACAUUAAUCUGACGAUCUUUUGUAUACUGGAAUACAAAGAGAUUGCAGCAGAAAAGUGGCAAACAACAAAUUAUUUUAAAGUAAAUUAUAACAAUGAAGUAAUGUGUAUCACAGGAAAGGUGAAGGAUUUAGAAAAAUCGGGCACAGAGAUGUUCGUUGCAAUAAAAACGCUUCGAAAAAAUGCUUCUUCCCGUGAGAAAGAGAAAUUGUUAAAGGAAGCCAAACUUAUGAAUCAUUUUCAACACAAACGUAUAUUAAGAUUGUUGGGCGUUUGUUUAGAUGGAGAUUCUCCGUUACUAGUGAUGGAAUUGAUGGAAAUUGGAGAUCUGUUAAAAUAUUUGAGAGAAUAUCGAAAUUUGCAAGCGUCAGAUUCGCUUGCUCUGCGUUUGCAAGAUUUGCUCGCCAUGUGCGAAGAUGUUGCGCGAGGUUGUUGCUACGUGGAAGAGUUGCGUUUCGUACAUAGAGAUCUAGCGUGUCGCAAUUGUUUAGUAUCUUCGAGAAAUCGCGAGAAUCGUAUCAUUAAAAUUGGAGAUUUUGGAUUGUCCAGAGAUAUCUACAAGGAUGAUUAUUAUCGCGUGGAAGGAGAAGAUUUGAUUCCUGUUCGCUGGAUGGCACCCGAAUCUUUAAUCAUGGGAAUAUUUACUUCUCAAAGCAAUGUUUGA